AUGUCUUCUGUCGUCCCUCAUCAGGGUUCGGCCGUCGGCGUUGCGGUAGAAGCUCGCCAAGAAGCCCCAGAACUGUCACAGAGCCGUGUGACUACGUACUCUCACGAUAAUGUCUUUGCCCGCAUCCAGUCUGAUGGUGCCAACAACGGUCGUGUUGCUGGCGUUCAACCUCGAGAACACAGCAUUGCGAGCCUCGAAGCCGCAAUGGCCAGGUACCAGCCGAUGCAUCCUGUCAUGGCCGUUUCGUCAAACUCAAACUUGGCUGGUACUGGUGCACAGUUUGAGGGAUCGUUGAAAAGUUCGUCGCCAGUUCCUGUCCCUAGAUCUUGGUCAUAA